AUGUAUUUUUUGCCAGGAGCCUCCAGGAAACAUCUACAAUAUGAUCACCAGCACCCUGAAGUCUUUUCUGGAAGACAGCAGUCUGAGGUUCCUGAGAACAGCUGGUAUGGUUAUGAUCUCUGCCCUGCUACCUGGAACUACAUCUUCAGCCUGGAUCUUCUGUGUGCACAACUGGGCUGGACUUGGACCAUUACCAAUAUUAUCCGGAAGGAUCUUUGGCUGAUCCUGAACACUUGGCUGAGGCAAGCAAGAACAGAGCAAACACCGUUCCGAGACGUCUGUGUAGCAGCAGUUUUCAGGCUACUUGGGCGACUUGGUCAACUAGGACUUAAGGAGAACCUGCCAAUGUCAUUUCAAAUUCUGGCAAAAAGCAUUAAUCAGUUUGUAACACAACAACUCUCAAAAGGUAUGCCAUGGGAAGUGCAGCUCUCAGUCAUCUAUGCCAUUCAUGAUCUGGCACCCAGCAACCCUGAAGCAGCUCUGAAGACUUUGGAAUCAUGGAGGAAAAACAGCACACAGCGCGUUCCCCCAGCCGUCAUCAAAUGCAUUACGCAAAUCAGCUUCCUUUGUCAUCAGACCGAGUCACAAAGAUCAUAAUGGUGAUUUAUCUCUAAAACUUUGUACAUUCUGAAGACCCCCACAACAGCACAGAGCUCCUGGAUUCUGUACCAGUCUUUGACAUCGACAGCUUUGAGGAUCUGUUUAAGCAACUUGAAGAGAUGGAAAAUGAUUCA